UGCUGCGGCUGCUGCUGGCGGGCCGGGGCCGGGGCGGGAAGCGAGGCCCGGGCUUCCCCCGCCGGUGCCGGGCGCGGCGGAUGAACGGAGACGGGCAGGCCGAAGCCGGCGGGGAGAAGCGCGAUUUCGUCCACCACUUCUCCCGCAUCGUGCGGGACCUCACCGAGGCCGACCUGGGGCAUCCCGAGCUGGGGGACGCCAUCCUCCGCCUCAAGGAGGUCCUGGAGUACAAUGCGGUCGGCGGCAAGUACAACAGGGGGUUGACGGUGUUGGAGGCCUACCGGGAGCUGAGCGGCCCCGCCCCGUUGGACCGGGAUCGGCUCCAGAGGGCCCUGGCCGUGGGCUGGUGUGUGGAGCUGUUCCAGGCCUUCUUACUGGUGGCCGACGACAUCAUGGACGCCUCCGUCCUGCGUCGCGGGAAGCCCUGCUGGUACAAGAAGGCCGGCAUCGGGCUGGACGCCGUGAACGACGCCUUCCUCAUCGAAGCCGCCGUCUACCAGCUGCUCCGUCGCCACUGCCGGGGACAGCCGUACUACCUGCCUCUGCUGGAGCUCUUCCUGCAGACUUCUUACCAGACGGAGCUGGGCCAGGCCCUGGACCUCAUCACCGCCCCCCCGGCCCAGGUCAACCUCGAUCGCUUCACGGAGCAGAGGUACAAAGCCAUCGUCAAGUACAAGACGGCCUUCUACUCCUUCUACCUGCCCGUGGCCGCCGCCAUGUAUAUGGCGGGCAUCGACGGGGAGAAGGAGCACGCCAGCGCCCGCACCAUCCUGCUGGAGAUGGGGGAGUUCUUCCAGAUCCAGGACGACUACCUGGACGCGUUCGGCGACCCGCAGGUGACGGGCAAGAUCGGCACGGACAUCCAAGACAACAAGUGCAGCUGGCUGGUGGUGCAGUGCCUGGGGCGGGCCUCGGCCGAGCAGCGCCGGCUCCUGGAGGAGAACUACGGGCAGCCGGAGGCGGAGAAGGUGGGGCGGGUGCGGGCGCUCUACGAAGCCCUGGACCUGCCGGGCGUGUUCCGGCGGCACGAGGAGGAGAGCUACGCCCGCCUGCUGACCCUCAUCGAAGGCCACGCGCCCCCUCUGCCCCCCGCCCUCUUCCUGGCCCUGGCCCACAAGAUCUACAGAAGGCAGAAGUGAUGGAGGCCGAGGGCCGGGGUGGGCACGGAGGGAUAGGGUGCGGUGGGGGGGAUUGGUGGGGGGUGGGGGGUCCAGGUCACGCCUGUUUCCGCUCAAUAAAUUAUUCAUCCUUUAUCCUUA